AUGUGUGAAGAAGAUAUUGCUGCGUUGGUGAUUGACAAUGGAUCCGGUAUGUGCAAGGCGGGUUUUGCUGGCGACGAUGCUCCUCGCGCUGUAUUCCCAUCAAUCGUUGGACGACCUCGACAUCAAGGCGUAAUGGUUGGCAUGGGACAAAAGGAUUCAUAUGUUGGUGAUGAAGCACAAUCGAAGAGAGGUAUCCUCACGUUGAAAUAUCCGAUCGAACACGGUAUCGUGACAAGCUGGGACGACAUGGAGAAGAUCUGGCAUCAUACUUUCUACAAUGAGCUUAGAAUAGCACCUGAGGAACAUCCAGUUCUUUUGACUGAAGCACCACUCAACCCGAAAAACAACCGUGAGAAGAUGACUCAAAUCAUGUUUGAAACGUUCAACACACCAGCCAUGUAUGUCAACAUCCAGGCUGUCCUCUCACUGUACGCAUCUGGCCGUACCACUGGUAUUGUGCUUGAUACUGGUGAUGGU